CGCUCACAUGCUGUUGUUUCACUGUUUCAGUAUUGUUAUUGUUUGUUGUGCGUUAGUUAGGUUAAGUAGUGAUUAUUUCAUUAUUGUUUUAUUUUGAUGUGUCCGUGCUUUUUCUUAAUUUAUAACUGUUUGCUUAUAUAAAAAGAAAUAUAUUGUAUGUUUUAGAAUCCCCUUCCUUGAAUUCUAAUAUUUUGCAUUUUACAUUAGCCUAUUUGUUAUAUUUUUUUCUUUAUAGCCAAGUUGGAGAUUAUGUUUCUUACAAAAAAUGUAUUUCCAAGUAUGUUUCUUUUCAUUGUUUUAUUAUUUUCACAUGCAUCACUUGCAUCAUCUCUUCUUGGCUGGUUAGAUUGGACUACUAUUAGUACAAAUCUUGGUUCAUCAGAUGAAGUCAAGAGAGACCAAGAAAAUGACUUAAGUAAUGUUCCUGAAGACAUAACUCUCAUAUCUGUCCCUUUUGAAGAAAUGAGUGCUGAAGAUAAAUUUCUUUUAGAAGCAGAAAGAUUUAGCAGAGUUUCACUCUCUGGUUUAGACACUUGUGAACACAGAGUUGUUUUAAAAAUUCAAUCUUCCUGUACUGACAUGACUGAAGAGGAACUAGCUAAGCUAAGCAUCUACUUGUUGAACUGUCAGUUGGAAGUGAGUGGAAGAUCUCAAGUAACAUGCACAGAUGACAUGAGUCUGAAGGAGUGCACGUCCCCAAUGGAUGAUGAGACGUGGAAUGCCUAUCACACAAUCAACAACAGGGCUCGGGCUGUUUGCUAUGCCACUCGUCAACAGCAGUUUCGUAUCCUCUCUGAAAUGACUGUCAACAAACUUAUGUCAUCAGCUCUUAAACAAGUUACCAGUAUGGAGAGCUUAAAGGAACUACAGAAGGAAUUGAAUCUUCUCACUUCAGAGACAAUGUCAUCAUUAACAGAAGGGCAGAAAGGAUUGGCUAAUCAGAACAGUGGAAUGCAGCUAGCCCAGAGGAAGAUAAUGGAUGACAUAUCUAGCACCAUGAGACAGCUGACUAAGGAAAAGACACUCAUCCAGAACACACAGAGCCAAUUGGACUCUUUGUCCAGGAAACUAUCAUAUCAGUUCGAUGAAGCAGAGUCACGUCUUGGCACUCAGAGUGAACUUCACCAAGAGACACAUAAACAGAUUCUCUCUCAUCUAGAAGACAUUACUCAGAAGGCAGAUAUUUUAUGGAAACUGUUAGAACAUAAGAGUGAAAAGGUGAUAAAACAGCAAGAUGAGAUCCAAAAAAGAAUGCAAGAAGCACUAGACAGCUUAAUCCAAAUAAAUUGUAGUGUUAACUACUUGAAAGGUCUUGUAGACCAAGUGAAGGCAGAUGUUGAUAGCAAGAUUUUAUGGGCUACUACUGCUAUAGGAGGAGACAAGACCACACUGGUGUUGGUUCUACAGCAUUGUUUGCUGUUGGUUGCUGGUGUCCUGGUCAGCCUGUUUCUUCAGUUAUCUAUUGCUUGUCGGUUAUCCCUGCUGAUAGCUGUACUCUUCAAUAUUGCUCUUGUUUACUACAGACAACCUCUAACAUUGCUCUCAUUAAGUGGCACCAUAGUAGGUUUAUGGACAGUUUCUACAGUAAGUCCAGUGUGUUGGCUGGCUUUCAAUAAGUAUAAGGCUGGUUCUAUCAAAAGUCAUGAACAUUCAAAAACACAUGGUAAAGAAGAAGAAGAGGAAGUAGAAGAUGAUAAAUCCUCCACCAAAAGCUCUACUAGAUCAGAAAACAGUUCCGGUAGCCACGGUAUAAUUGACAACGGUUUAUCAUACAAUAAACUAGAUCACAAUGAAGAUAGGAUAUCUCUCUCAAGCCUGAGACAUCGUAGUUCCCCAACUGGCCAUUCAAUAUGUGCAGCUGUUUGUCGUAAUGGUCAGUUCUGUCGUUCUUCAGUAACUCCAGGUCGCAAGUUCUGUAAAAGACAUAUUUCUCAUUGACAUUCUUUGAAUCAAGUGGAUUUUUUGGUAAGCAGUGGGUAUUGUACAGCAUUUCAGCACUGUACAUAGUGGAUGUCGUAAUGUUAUAGAGAAGUGGUGCAAUACACUACACAAACCAGUUCUAGUGUCUAUCAUCACAAGCUAAUUUAUAUAACUUAACUUUGUGCCAAUUCAAAAUCUUCAUAGGAUUCUAUGAGUUGUUAUUAGUAUACUAAGUGUUGAAGUUUACAAUGGAAGAGGCAUAUUCCAAAAGAAAGGCAUAUUUCUGUUUUAAUUCGCUAAAUUGUAGUGACUUUCGUUCUUCUUUUUUUGGUAGACCUGAAGUAUAAUUAACUUCUUGCUUAGUUGUACUUACUAUUUUCUUGUAAACAAUUUGUUUUACGUUUCAUAAGUUACUAUAAAUCCUCUUAAAGUAGCAUAAAAGUUAAUGUUAUGCAGGAAAAAUAAUAUUGUGGUAAUAAGUAAUUUUAAUGUGUUUAGUAUGAAAACAAAUCAUGGAAUGCUCAGUAAAUGAGUCAAGUACAGGAUAAAAGAUGGCGGUUCAAAAGUUCACAAUGAAGCAGAAUCAAUUAUCAUAAAGUAAUACAAUUAUAAUUACAUGUUAGAAAACAAUUAAAAUUAUAUUUGAUAUAUUACUCGAAGGUGAUUUUUGUUACUGUGUUUGAAUAAUUUUGUUGUUUAUCUUUUUACUGUUCAGUAUUAUAUAUUUUCUUCUUAAUCGAUUUACUAAUUUUAAACUUGAUUAUUUUUAAUUUUUAUGCCAAAUAAAUUUUACUGCUUCAAUUGUAUGUAAAUCUAAUGUAUUGAAGUGUAAAUGUAAAUAGGAUAGAGCGUGUACAGGAAUAGAAAAGGAGAUUAUUAAAGAAUUAAAUUAAA